GUGAAAAAGAAAAGCUAUUUUAGCCAAUUUAGCCGCUGUAAGAUGCGACGUGUCAAAAUGCCUUUUAUUUACAUUUUCUUUGAUUUCUGACUAACCUGUUAUCAUGUCGUGUUGUCUGAGAUUACGUCCGCGGUAUUUCGUGAACAUUUGGCCGACACUGAGAGCGUUUCCCAACAGGAACAGACGCUUUAAACGUCAGGUUGAGGUGUGUGAUGUGAGGUGUUGCUCCUCGGUUCGCGGUGAGGUGAGGGUGAGAUUCGCACCCAGUCCCACCGGCUUUUUACACCUCGGAGGUCUCCGCACCGCUUUGUACAAUUAUAUCUUUGCCAAAAAGUAUGGCGGCUGUUUUAUCCUGCGACUGGAGGACACUGAUCAGAGCAGGCUGGUACCCGGAGCAGCAAAGUCUAUUGAGGACAUGUUGGAGUGGGCUGGUAUACCUCCAGAUGAGAGCCCUCGUCGAGGUGGACCAGUGGGCCCAUACAUGCAGUCACAGAGACUAGACCUCUACAGUCAGACAGCGCUGCAGCUGGUUGAGAGCGGCCAUGCGUACUAUUGUUUCUGCAGCUCACAGCGACUGGAUUUACUCAAAAAAGAGGCCUUGAAAUCAGGGCAGACUCCGAGGUAUGACAACAGAUGUCGACACCUGCGGGCCGACCAGGUAGAGAAUAAGCUGGCUGAGGGAACGCCGCAUGUAAUCAGGUUCCGUCUGGAAGCUGGCAUUGAACCUUUUCAGGAUCUGAUCUUUGGAUGGAAUCGUCAUGAAGUGGCAGAGGUGGAAGGAGACCCUGUGUUGAUGAAAUCAGACGGAUUCCCCACGUAUCACCUUGCUAACAUAGUAGAUGAUCACUACAUGAAGAUCAGCCAUGUCCUGCGGGGUUCUGAGUGGCUCAUCUCCACCUCCAAACAUAUCCUCAUGUACCGUGCCCUUGGGUGGCACCCACCCACUUUUGGACACCUGCCGCUUCUGCUGAACAAAGAUGGCAGCAAGUUGUCCAAAAGACAAGGAGAUAUAUUCAUUCAAAGCUUCCAGAGAGACGGGGUGCUGCCAGAGGCUUUGCUGGAUAUCACCACCAACUGUGGAUCUGGCUUUAAGAGCAAUCGAAUGGGGCGGAGGAUCGAUGAACUGAUUUCUGAGUUUAAUCCUUCAACCAUCACAACACAUUCUGCUCUGUUGGACUUGGAAAAACUGCCAGAAUUUAACAAAAUCCACCUGCAGCAGCAAAUAGAAAACCAGGAACAGUGCAGUUUGCUGGUCAAGGAUCUGCAACAACAAAUCCAGCAAAACUACAAAGAAAAGAUCCAAGAUAAACAAAUAUUACAUGACGAUUAUAUCAAACGGGUCCUACAUUUCCGCAAGGGCCACAUUUCCACCCUGAAGGAACUUGUUAGCCCAGCGUACUCUUACCUGUGGGUUCGUCCUUCAGUCUCCAGCCAGCAGGUGGCAGCACUUACUUCAGAAGCCCAGGACAUUGCUUCAUUAACAUUGAAAUUAAUAGAAGAGCGAGGUGAAAACCUGACAAUGGCUCAUUUAAAUAAAGAUCUGAAAGCUCUGGCUGAGAAGACUAAAUCUACCAAAUACAAAGAUGUCAUGAAGCUGUUGCGUCUGGCUCUCAGCGGGCUGCAGGCCGGUCCCAGUGUCGCAGAGAUGUUGAUAUCACUCGGCUUGCUGGAGAGUCGCCAUCGGUUACAGAAACUUCUGCUGCUUUCACCAUCUAUCUGAAGACAAGUCAGACUAACAACCAGUCAGAUAGAACCAAUCACCGUGUACGAUCAGUGCGGCAUCCAUAUCG